UUUGGUUUUUUCUUCGGUUGGGGGUCCUCUCUACUUCAAAAGUUUCAGUUUACGUUUUAACGCUGGAGCUCCAAGUUCAACGCUGUAGCUUUGAAUACUUUUACAUAAGAAUAAGUUUAAAAAAGUUUAAUUUUAUAGCCGUAAAUCUCUUAUCCAUCGAGGUUCACGUUAUUGGAUAUGCGCAUUACCAAACAUGAGUACUCCUUCAUGUUCGCUUACUCCGACUGUGCGAUGCCCUACGACAGGGAGUUCGAGCUAAUGUGGCAGCAGAUCGGCGAGGAACUGCGAUCCCGACACAAUCGAUUCCUGGGCAUGCCCUUCGAUAGUGGAUUUGAACGGAUGUGGCGCCAAAUCGGAGAGGAACUGAAGCGGGAUCAGGAGGUAAACGACUUGGCAGUCGGCUUUCGGCGGAAGUUAACCCUCUACGCAAAGGAGGAAGCGAUGGUCGACCCACUUGAGUCUUUUAUUGAACGCAGAUAAAAUAUAUUCAAUUUUAUUGAACGGCAUGUUAGUGUUAAAAGUACGUGGUAUGUA